CAUCUUUCCAGUCGGAUGGACUCGCACGCUUAAUUUUGUCGUCAACAUAAUCAAGGCCUUCAAUCUAGGCCGCAAAAAAGUACAGGUCGCCUUUGGGAUAUUCAGCACAAAGUUCGAGCAUCGCAUAUCUUUGGGCAAUUACACAGACCAUGAACAGUUUACUAAG